AUGAUCACCCGGUCCAAGGAGUGGCACACAAAGGUCCCGGCCACGGAGAAGCCGACACUGGACGAGUCCAAGCCAUCGAUCGCCGGGCGCGGGUCACGCCGUGGGCGUGAAGCUCCAGGACUGUCGCUGCUUCGGCCGUACCGUGCCGUGCCGGGCUUUGCGUUUCCUCGAUCCAGCCCGGUCGCCUUCGGUCGAUCGAUCCGGCAACCAACCAACCAACCAGGUGGUCUCGUCUCGGACUCCAGUUCCCCGUGGGUUCCGAUUCGUGUCCGACCGGCGGUCCAUCGAUCCUCCUAUAUAAAGCUACCAAUACGCCCGUCUCAAGGCCUCAAUCCAAUCCAAAGCCAAAGCCAACGAGUUCCCAAUCAAUCGAAUCAACGACCCAGAGAGCUCAGAGACGCCCACGAAACAAGAGCCAGCGUAGCUUCAGGCUUUUCAGCACACGAUCUUUGUGCUCCCCAGCCAGCCACGAUUGGCAAUCUUUGCUCCUCGCCGUCGGCCCGCCGAGCCGCCGCAAUGGCCGAGACACCACCGGCACCGGCACGCGGUGGCGGCGUGCUGCCGGACUUCCUACAAUCCGUGAAGCUCAAGUACGUGAAGCUGGGGUACCACUACCUGAUCACCCACGGCGCCUACCUCGCAGCGCUCGCCCCACUCCCGGGUCUCCUCCUCGCAUCACACCUCUCCACUUUCACCAUGGCCGACCUCACCACGCUCUGGGACACCUUAAUCAUCAGCCAGCAGCACAACCUGGGAUCCCUCAUCGCCUGCACGACGCUCCUCGUAUCCCUAUGCACGGCCUACAUACUCACCCGGCCACGGCCCGUCUACCUCGUCGACUUCGCCUGCUACAAACCCGCCGAGGAGCGCAAGUGCAGCCGGGCACGCUUCAUGUCCUGCACCGAGUCCCUCGGCACGUUCACCCCGGAGAACGUCGACUUCCAGCGCCGGACGGUCCUCCGGUCCGGGCUCGGCGACGAGACGUACCUCCCGGAAGCCGUGCUCAACGUGCCGCCCAACCCGUCCAUGGCCAACGCUAGAAAAGAAGCCGAGAUGGUCAUGUUCGGCGCGCUUGAUGACCUCUUCGCCAAGACCGGGGUGAAGCCGAAAGACAUCGGCAUCCUCGUCGUCAACUGCAGCCUGUUCAACCCGACCCCGUCGUUGUCCGCCAUGGUGGUGAACCACUACAAGCUCCGGGGGAACAUCGUGAGCUACAACCUUGGCGGCAUGGGUUGCAGCGCCGGGGUGAUCGCCGUGGAUCUCGCCAGGGACUUGCUCAAGGUUCGCCGCAACACGUACGCCGUGGUGAUCAGCAUGGAGAACAUCACGCUCAACUGGUACUUCGGCAACGACCGCUCCAAGCUGCUCCCAAACUGCCUCUUCCGGAUGGGCGGCGCCGCCGUGCUCCUCUCCAACCGGGGCUCGGCACGGCGCCGCGCGAAGUACCAGCUGGUGCACACGGUGCGCACGCACAGGGGCGCCGACGACAAGGCGUUCCGGUGCGUGUACCAGGAGCAGGACGAGGACGGGAAGACUGGGGUUUCGCUCUCCAAGGACCUGAUGCACAUUGCCGGGGACGCGCUCAAGACCAACAUCACGACGCUCGGGCCGCUCGUGCUGCCAUUGAGCGAGCAGCUGCUCUUCUUCCUCACGCUUGCGGCGCGCCGGGUGCCGUGGGCGUGGGGGAAGCGCGUCAGGCCUUACAUCCCGGACUUCAAGCUCGCGUUCGAGCACUUCUGUAUCCACGCCGGGGGCCGGGCCGUGCUGGACGAGCUGGAGAAGAACUUGAAGCUCACGGAGGCGCAGAUGGAGCCGUCCAGGAUGACGCUGCACCGGUUCGGGAACACGUCCAGCAGCUCGCUGUGGUACGAGCUGGCCUACGCUGAGGCGAAAGGCAGGAUCAGGAAAGGGGACAGGACAUGGCAGAUCGCGUUCGGGUCCGGAUUCAAGUGCAACAGCGCCGUGUGGAGGGCGCUCCGGACGGUGAACCCGGCCAGGGAGAACAUGGUCGGCAACCCCUGGGCCGACGAGAUCCACCGGUUCCCCGUGCCCGUGAUCAUCCCGGACACCGCCUCCUCCUCCUCUGCUGCUCCUCCUAGCUCUUCCUCCUCUAGUUAGUCAUGCAUUGAUCGCCCGAUGGAUGUGCAAUCCAAAGCUCGAUCGAUCGUCUUUUGAUCCAAACAGUUGUAGUAGUAAGUUGUUUCAUUGGUGGUAGUGCAAAUUGGUAGUCAGUAGUUUUGUUGAUUUCUGAUUGAUUAAAGAGUUAUACCUGUAUUGAUUUGUCAUUGGUAGUUCAGUUGUACAGGAUCGAGUUAAUUAGUAUUAUUUGGUAAAGUACAUUGUACACGAAGUUUUCGUGCAUGGUUGGUUCAGUUAAUUUACUGUUUUGAAAUCGAAA